AUGGGGGGAGAAGAUGGUUGGGCGAGAUAUGCAAUCAAAGAUAUUAAUGAAGUCAUCAUAUUUUAAGACCGACCUGAUCCAAGAAAAUCUGCAAAUGCUUAUGUGAAUCCAUUGACGGCUUGUGGAUAGAUAGAUUUUGCUAAGAGCCAAAAUGCUAAUCUAUGGUCAUACUUGCUGCUUCUUCUCAGCUGGCGAAGUAAUUAUCAAAUAAAAUAGUAUAAUCGAUUAAACAACUAUCCUAUCUUCUCUGUGAUUGGAUGA